CUUCCGGCGGUGCGCUCGGUCAAGGGGCGUUCUGGCCUGGGUCGUCCUUCGCAUUUGCACGUGUUCCCCGCCGCGAUGCAGUCUCUGUUGCGCCUCGUGCCCCGCGCCUUGGGCUCCGCCGCCAGCGGCCUGCGGGCCGCCGCGCCCUCGCAGCCGCUCCGGCAGCUGCUGCAGCCCGCGCCUCGGCUCUGCGCCCGGCCCUUUGGGCUGCUCAGCGUGCGCGCGGGGUCCGUGCGGCGGCCCGGUCUCCUGCAGCCUCAGGGACCCUGCAGCUGCGGCUGCGGCUGCGGCUCGCUGCACACCGAAGGAGAUAAAGCUUUUGUUGAAUUUCUGAAUGAUGAAAUUAAAGAGGAAAAGAAGAUACAGAAGCAUAAGUCCCUCCCCAAGAUGUCUGGAGGAUGGGAGCUGGAAGUGAACGGAACAGAAGCUAAACUAGUGCGAAAAGUUGCAGGAGAAAAGAUCACUGUCACCUUUAACAUUAACAAUAGCAUCCCACCGACAUUUGAUGGAGAGGAGGAGCCUUCCCAAGGGCAGAAAGCUGAAGAACAAGAGCCUGAAUUGACAUCUACUCCAAAUUUUGUUGUUGAAGUUACAAAGAAUGAUGGGAAAAAGGCCCUUGUGCUAGACUGUCACUAUCCAGAGGAUGAGGUGGGGCAAGAGGAAGAAGAAGAGAGCGACAUUUUCUCUAUUAGAGAAGUGAGUUUUCAGGCCACUGGUGAAUCUGAAUGGAAGGACACGAAUUACACCCUCAACACAGAUUCCCUGGACUGGGCUCUGUAUGACCACCUAAUGGAUUUUCUUGCUGACCGAGGGGUGGAUAACACUUUUGCAGAUGAAUUGGUGGAACUUAGCACAGCCCUGGAGCACCAAGAGUACAUUUCUUUUCUUGAAGACCUCAAAGGGUUUGUCAAGAGCCAAUAGAGUAAAGAUGACACUGAGCACCAUAAUCUUAUGGCAGGCUUUCGCCAGUGAACAUGUACUUUAAAAUGGUUUUCAUCCUAAUAUCAUGGAAAGUAAUGCAAAUUUAAAUUAUUUCUGUUGCCCUCUUAUUUACUCUUCAUUUGUUCUCUAUAAGUCUUAUUUCUAGAUUUUGUAUAGCAUAAUUAUGGACAAUAUAAUUGAUUUACUCUCCUCCAA